AUGUCCACCAGGGUGGCAGCUAUUCAAGAACUCCUGCUAUCAUGUGUCAUCAGAGGAGGAAUCGUGGAUGGAUGGGAUGGUAAUAUGCCUUUUAUUGUUCAGAAAAUGUGUGAAAUACAUGGUGGUACUUUGGUUCAAAUAGAGACAGCAGAAGAAGAUGAAUUUAUAGCUCAACAAAUGCGUAUACAUUCAAUCAGAAAUACAUGGCUCGGGGGCUCUGACUGGGCAGUUGAAGGUUCGUGGGUUUGGGAACCAGAUGGUAAAAUACUACAGUACUCCAACUUUGCGCCAGGUAAACCGAACAACUUUUUCGGUGAAAAUUGUUUGGAUAAGGAGCAGAGUCUAUAUUACCAAUGGAAUGAUGAGGACUGCGACACCGAUGCUUAUUAUAUUUGCGAGAAGCAAAACGUCAUUGGAAAUCUUAUCGGGUGAAUGUGGAUUUCUCUGCUUUACCUCAAUAAAUGAA